AUGCUUCCAACUCCUCCGGCUUCUCCCCAACCAUCUGGUCGAUAUAGCCCAGAUGAGAGGAUAGGCCAGGUUUUGGCAGGUCGGAUCCAGUUGACCGGAGUCCUUGGAGUUGGCGCCUAUGGAACCGUUUACCGAGCGCAGGACGUGGUCACAAGGAUCCAGUAUGCCGUCAAAGCCUUGAACAAGCUCGGCCUCGACGACCGACAACGCACGUUCCAGAAACGGGAGAUUGAACUGCACUACCUUGCCAGCGAGCAUUCCAACGUUGUCGGCGUGCACAAAAUCGUGGAUGCCCCGGACUGCACGUAUGUUGUCUUGGAGUACUGCCCCGAAGGAGAUUUGUUUGCCCGGAUCACCGAAGACAACGAUUAUGUUGGCAAGGACCCGAAGGUCAAGGCCGUGUUCCUGCAGAUUCUCGACGCUGUCCGUCAUUGCCAUGCCAAGAACAUCUUCCACCGCGAUCUCAAGCCUGAGAACAUCAUGGUCUUGAACAACGGAUGGACUGCCAAGCUUGCCGAUUUUGGACUGGCUACCCGGGAUCACAUCACUUCGGACUUUGGAUGCGGAUCGACAUUCUACAUGUCACCAGAGUGCCAACAAGCGAACCCGAAGCCAUUCGCAUGCUACGCAUCUGCCUCCAACGACGUUUGGUCCCUGGGAGUGAUCCUCGUGAAUCUGACCUGCGGACGCAAUCCCUGGAAGCGAGCCUCGCUGGAUGAUUCCACCUUCCGCGCGUUCAUGCGUGAUCGCAACUUCCUGCAGUCCAUUCUGCCAGUCUCGGACGAGCUGAACUGCAUUCUGCAACGCAUUUUCGAAGUCGACCCCAAGCGCCGGAUUUCUCUGGAUGCACUCCGGGAAGCCAUUUCCUACUGCCCGCAGUUCAGCCAGGACCCCAUCGAGAGCCUGCCUUCCAGCCCGGUUUUCUCACCCGAGGAACAAACCUUUGAUUCUUCCAUGCUCACCUUUGAUACCGGGCUGAAGCCGGUGCCGCAAUUGGAUCCGCUGCCGGCUCAGCAGUAUCCUCACCACCCUUUCUCUGGCCCUCAGUUCAACUGUUUCCCUUCGUCUGCUGCCAACAACCCCACCAACAACAUGCUUACACCCCCGGGGUCCAACGGGAGCAGUCCACGGCACAGCCAAUACGUCCACUUUGGCGCCAAAUUUCCUGUCCCUACGAACGAGAGCGGCCUGACGAACCACACUGGAAUGUUCCUCCCGGCCUUUACGUCUUGGCAGAGAUGUACCAAUCUGGUCCCCAACUUGGCCCAGUAUCCCUGCUUCAAGAACAUGGCCGUUUUCUAG